UUCAAACACAUUUCAGAUUCGCAGAAACUUUUCUCUCAUUCUCUUUGAAGGUCUAUUUUGUACAAAGAGAAGAUGGAGCUUGAAGAUCAGAAGAAGUUCUUUCAUGGAACACUCGAGAUAACAAUCUUCGAUGCAACACCUUUUUCUCCUACAUUUCCUUUCAAUGUAAGUAUGAAUAUUGUUGUUGAUGAUGAUAUCAAUAUUGCGUUAAUUCUCAUGAGCUAUUUUCUUUCUCAUUCACAGUGUAUAUAUACGAAGCCAAGAUCAGCUUACGUGACCAUCAAGAUAAACAAGAAGAAAGUUGCUAAAACAAGCUCAGAGCACGACCGUGUCUGGAACCAGACUUUUCAGAUCCUCUGCGCACACCCGGUUUCUGACACGACAAUCACCAUCACGCUCAAGACUCAGUGUUCUGUUCUCGGAAGAUUCCGGAUCUCUGCAGAACAGAUUCUGACUUCUGAUCCAGCAGUUAUAAAUGGGUUCUUCCCUCUGUGCACAGACAAUGGAUCAACGAAACCGAACUUAAAGCUCAAGUUUCUGAUGUGGUUCAGACCGGCUUAUCUCGAACCGGGAUGGUGCAAAUCGCUCGAAGGGCAGUCUUUUCAGGGUAUUAGAAAUGCCAGCUUCCCUCAGAGAUCGAAUUGCAGAGUCGUACUGUAUCAAGAUGCGCACCACAGAGCAACGUUUGAUCCUAGGGUUCAUGAUGUUUCUUGUAACGCAAGAAAUCUUUGGGAAGAUGUUUACAAAGCGAUUGAAUGCGCUAGGCACUUAGUUUACAUUGCAGGAUGGGCAUUAAACCCUAACCUCGUUCUCGUACGCGACGACGAGACAGAGAUUCCGCACGCAGUGGGAGUAACUAUCGGCGAGCUUCUGAAACGGAAAGCACACGAAGGUGUAGCGGUGAGAGUAAUGCUGUGGAACGACGAGACAUCUUUACCGAUGAUCAAGAACAAAGGUCUGAUGCGAACAAACGACCAAACAGCUUUUGCUUAUUUCAGAGACACCAAUGUUGUUUGUAGAUUGUGUCCAAGAUCGCACAAGAAACUCCCUACGGCGUUCGCUCACCACCAAAAGACGAUCACAGUGGACACACGAGUUACGAAUACGAACACCAAGGAGCGAGAGAUCAUGAGCUUCCUUGGCGGUUUCGACCUUUGCGAUGGCCGGUACGACACAGAGGAGCAUUCUCUAUUCCGUACACUCGGGACAAGGGAAGAUUUUUAUCAGACAAGCGUGGCCGGAGCUAAGCAAAGUAGAGGCGGACCAAGAGAGCCGUGGCACGAUUGUCACGUGUGCGUUGUAGGAGCUGCGGCAUGGGAUGUAUUGAAGAAUUUUGAGCAGAGAUGGACGAAACAGUGUAACCCUUCGGUGUUGGUCAACACUUCAGGGAUCAGAAACUUGGUAAACCGAACAACCACAGAAGAAGAUAACCGGAAUUGGAAUGUUCAAGUUCUGAGAUCGAUAGACCACGUGUCAGCAACGGAGAUGCCUAGAGGCUUACCGGUAGAGAAGAGUGUACACGACGGCUACGUUGAAGCGAUUCGAAAGGCAGAGAGGUUUAUAUACAUUGAGAAUCAGUAUUUCAUGGGGAGCUGUGACCACUGGGAGAACAAGAACAACGAUAGGUUCGAAAGCGGAUGCACAAACUUGAUACCGGUAGAGAUAGCGUUAAAGAUUGCAGCAAAGAUACGAGAGAAGGAGAGAUUUGCAGUGUACAUAGUGAUACCAAUGUGGCCAGAAGGGCCACCGGAGAGCGAAACGGUUCAAGAGAUGCUUCACUGGACGCGAGAGACCAUGUCAAUGAUGUAUCGGAUCAUCGGAGAGGCUAUAUGGGAAAGUGGAAACGGAUCGCAUCCGAGAGAUUAUCUAAACUUCUUCUGUCUCGCAAACAGAGAAGAGAAGAGAGAUGGAGAGCAUGAAGCAGUUUCGUCGCCGCAUCACAGGACGCAUUAUUGGAAUGCGCAGAGGAACCGGAGAUUCAUGGUCUAUGUCCACUCCAAGAUCAUGAUAGUGGACGACGCAUACGUUUUGGUAGGAUCUGCCAAUAUAAACCAGAGAUCGAUGGAUGGUUGUCGUGACACGGAGAUUGUAAUUGGUUGCCACCAAACCGAUACAAAGAACACCAACGAGAUCAGAGCUUACCGGUUAUCGCUCUGGUACGAGCAUACCGGUGGCCAGAUCACAGUGGAUGAGUUAUCCUUGACGGAGCCAGAGAGUUUGGAAUGCGUUCGAGGGUUGCGGACAAUUGGGGAGAAGAUGUGGGAGAUUUAUAGCGGAGACAAGGUCGUGGACAUGAACGGUGUCCAUUUGGUUGCGUACCCAAUUAGUGUGGCCAGAGAUGGUGCGGUUGAGGAAGUCGGCGACGGAAUAUUCCCUGAUACCAAGACGUUGGUGAAAGGAAAGAGGUCCAAGAUGUUGCCUCCGGUUCUCACAACCUGA